UUACAGUACGUCUAAUAGUUUGACCAGGUACUGCAUGCAUCAUAACAACACUGAUUUAAAUUUAGUUCUUUCUUCUUUUUUUUUUCUUCUUGGCGAACUUCUUUAAUUUACAGAGCGCAUUUUUUCUUCCUUCUUCCAAUCAAACAAAAUGGAAUGUUACAUUAUUUUCAAUUGUAAACAACUCAAUUUUUAAAUGGUCUACUCAACUGAAACAGUGAUGGACAGAAUUGGAACAUUCUUCCUUUGCCCCACGUCUUCGAAAAAAAGUACAAAAGACCGGAUAUAAAGUUGUGUGUUUUUUAAUGAACCUUAAAUAAGAAAUAGCUACUAUUUACCAGUAGGCGAGACCCCAUUUUAAGUCGCCAAACACCUUCACAACUUUUACAAACAUGAGGGAGGACUAUAUGUUGUGGAUUAUGUGACGAAAACAACUCUCAUAUUAUUAAAGAAGGAAAAAAGAAAACUCAGCUAAAGAUGACAUUGCUUCAACACCAUCUUCUACUACUUUUGACAGUAUCAACUACAUUCUUAGAACCUUGCUUUUCUCGUUCACUUCGCCAGAAGAGAGGCAUAAUGAAAAUGAUGAUGCACGUUAUGUGGGAUCCAGUUCGUCUUAUACGUUAUUGGUAUGCAUAUGACGUCACCAAAGAGAUAGCCAAGAGCUGGCGAAAAAUUAUUCCAACCAUGAUGGUCCUUCCUUUGAAUCCCGAUGCAUCAAAAACUCUUGGAAUCGCUAAAUACGUGCACCCAACUUACGGGCUGAGAGAGACAGAUCCAGCUAGUCAUGGCUACCAAUACAGCGGAACAGAUCCGUCACUGAUCAUCGAUAGUUUUGUGAAGCAGACAUCUGCAUCAAAGGACGCUAUCCCAGUGGCAUAUCAACAGUUCAUAAGGGCUGAUUAUCAAUCACGUCAUCGAUUUGCCAAUCCUUCAAUGCACACUAGUUCUAAAGACAUCCCCGUAGUUCAUUGGCCGGAAAAUGAUGUUGGUAAUAAUGGAAAUCAACCCGAUGAAUCAACCGCAGGUCGGUACUCGCAACAAAUCGCUUUUCCAGUACCGAAUCAAAACGAUGAUCGAAUGAUUUCGAAGCCUUUAGCUGGUAAUAGAGUGGUUUCGCCCUCUAACUUACGUAACUUUGUUACGUAUCCAAACUUUAAAAAAGUUGAAAAUAAAGAAAAUGAACAAGGUCACCAAGUAUACUUUAGACAGCCAAUUCAUGGUACAGAAUCGGAGCUUGCUAGUAUUUUGAGUCAAGCUGUCCAAAACGAUGGUCGUGAAAUUCAUAUAGUACUUCACCCCGUACCUAUAACUGAUUCACAAUCAGAACAAUUACGAAAGCAAACGAAUACAUCAUUCAAUAAAACUUCUAAUCAUUUGAAAGAAUUCCCACCGUUUGUUCGAAAUGCGCCAUUUUCUUUCGUUCAACAAAAUUCUGAAUUUAAGUUCGACAAUUCUGAAGCAAACUGUUCAUCAAACUGCUCGACUUUUCCUUCAAGAAACGUUUCUUCAUCUGUGGAAGAGGUCUCGUCAGAAACGCUAAGCUCUAAUGUAGGAGUCACCUGGGUUCUUCAGAAUUCCAGUCAUUCCGAUCAUGUUGCAGAGGACAGCAACAUAAACACAUUCAGUCUCAACGAUGCCAUUAAAGCACUUCCUAAUCGAUCCAUUUUAAGUGAUUUUAACAUGGAUAUGCAGCAGUUAAAAGAAGCUUUAAAGCAUGGAACGCCUGUUCUUGUGCCUUUCCUCAAGAAAGCAAUACACGAGGAACAACAAAAUCAUGAAGAAGCAGGAAAAUUGCGUUUUUCAAAACCCGUUUCUUCCUCAGAGAGAGACAGUUCUUCCAUUUCCAGUCAAAAAUUAAUUUUAUUUUUGGCAAAUAGAACACCGACUUAGCUAACAUUUCUUAAUUUAUUUUAAAAACCAUUCUUUCAUGAUCGAACAUGUAUUUUGCAAUAAUAAACCCUUGCCU